GGAAACCGACCCAGAAAGUGAUCAGCAUCUGUCUAGAUCAGCUAGGCACUGACCCAAAUUUCUCCACAUGUAAGAAUCUGUGCAUGAUCUCCAAGUAUACCCAACAAACACAACAAAAAUAAAAGCCACUCACCCCCCACCAAAGUAUCUAUAAAUAGGAGAUCAAGUUCAGAGCCAACACACACAAUCUUCAUUCUUGAAACCGAGUAGUAUAAUAUCCUUAAAGAGGCCUGUGCGCUAAACACACUUGUGUUUGUAGAGAAAGGAAAUGGAUCUGGACGGGAAGCUGGAGGAAGAGUUCGAGAUCAACUCGCCAGCGGACAAGUUCUACAAACGUUUGAGCUCCGAACUCCACCGUCUUCCUGAUGCCUCACCGGAAAAAGUCCAAGGAGCUGAAAUUCAUGAGGGCGGGCGACUGGGUCUCUCCCGGUUCCGUGAAACUCUGGAACUACACCAUCGACGGGGUGCAGGAGAUAUUCAAGGAGAAGAUGGAAAUAGAUGAGGAUAAGAAGUCGAUGACGAUGGUGGCUGUGGGCGGACACAUCCUUGAACAGUACAAGGUCUACAAGGCCGUCUAUCAGGUUUUCCCCAAGGGCGAGUCAGGGUCGGUGAAGAUUUCAUUUAUCUACAAGAAGUUCAAGGAGACUGAUGGCGAGCCGCACAAUUAUCUCCUGCUUGUCGUCGAUGUCAUCAAAGAUCUUGACAAACACUUGACCCCGAAACAAGGUUAAGGUUGAUAAAAAGAGCUGAAAGAAAAUGUCCUGAAUCCCGUGUGUAGUACCGAGUGGUGAAAUAAAGAGAAGCUACUGCGCUUCUGACU